UCACUCACACACACACACACACACUCGCGCGCGCUUGGAGAAUGACGGAAGCGCGCGGUGGAUAAUCCCACACCGGGCUGCAGUGUUAACUCGUGUGUAGUAGGUCUACCAUGCUGCUGAUGAGAUGGACCUCUCCGUUCUGCUCCUGUCUGUCCUCACUACGUGUGCAGGCUUUAAGGUGAACGCGCCCGCAGGUCGCGUAGUCGCUGUCCGAGGUCAGCCUGCCGUCCUGGGCUGUGAGUUCCCCCCUGACUCCACGCCUGACCUUGCACCUUUGGUUGUCACCUGGCAGCGGGUGGAGGAUUCCCGUGUCGUCCACAGCUUCUAUUACAAAGUGGAUCAGCUGGACUUACAGAACGUGGAUUAUCGUGACCGUACGUCGCUGUUCGUGUCCGAGCUGCAGAAAGGCAACGCGUCGCUCAGGAUCCAGCGGGUGGGGCCGAGAGAUGUGGGGCGGUACCUGUGCACCGUGAGCAACUCCAAGGGCACAGACAAAGUCCAGGUGCAGCUCGAAUAUGGAGCUUUCUAUAAAGAACCACAGCUGCGCAUAAACGCGAACUGCUCCGGCGUCACGCUGCAUUAUGAGACCGAGGGUUUCCCGAAGCCGGAGAUCGGGUGGUUUGGGGCACACGGCGAGGACCUCAGUGGCCAUACCGAGUUUAGAGAGGACACAGAUGGACCAGAUGGACCCGUUGCAUUAUAUUAUCUAAAGAGCAGCUACGUAUCUCCGAGUUCUCCCCUGAACGUCACCUUCACACUAAAGAACCAGCUCCUCAAUCAGAAUCUGACCAGACCUGUCCGCAUCACUUACGAUGCAGCGAACGACUGCAGUGGAUCGAAGACGAAAACCAUCACAGUCCUUAGUGUGCUGUGCUUCUUUCUGUUCUUGUGCAUAGCAGCUCUGGUGAUAAAGUUCUGGAUAAAAGCGAGAAAAGCUCGGCGUGAUCCUCCACCCACAUCCAACGGCACUGCGAACGGAAAACAUUUCUAUAAAGUAGAAUCCAAUGCAGAAGCUUAAUGUAAAGCACAGAUGCACAGUACUUGGGCUCCCUCCCCCCGCCAAAAGAAAAAAAAAGAAAAAAGCGUGUUCGACUGACGGUACUUAGUUCGUAACUCAGUGUCAGGAUCUAUCUAAUUUUGUAAGCAUCAACUUAAAAUCUUUCAGACUAGCGAUUUUGUGUCUGACAUCAUUAGGGCGCUAGGGCACAGGUGGCUCAGUGGUAGGAGUUCUGCCCAGGUUCGAUUCCCAACAGCUGGCUAAAGUGCCUGUCCCAAGCCCAGAUCAAAUGGGAGGGUUGUGUCAGAAAGGGCAUCUGGUGUAAAACCUGUGCAAAGGUUUUGUGCGGAUCGGAUUGUCUGCUGUGGCGACCCAUUGCUGGGAGCAGCCGAAAGACCAACAACAACAAAAAAAAAGACAUUUGAUAUUAAAUAGUAUGUAUGAGGCGCCGUAUAGGGCUUAAAUCAAACUUCACUCAUGCACACACACAUGAAACACUUGCAUACACAUAUAUGAAACAGUCACACAUACAUAUAUACUACUAACUGCUCAAACAACUACAUGUGAAAUGCUUGCACACACACCUAUGAGACGUACGCACAUACACACAAAAACUCUCCGUGCACACACACCUAUGAGAUUCUCAGUGCAGACGGAAGUCAUUUCAGUGUAAACGGAAGUCAUUUCAGUGCAGACGGAAGUCAUUUCAGUGCAGACGGAAUUGUCGCUUCAUUCUCCCUGAAUGGUAGUACUGGUUUGUAAACAGCCUGCUGUUGGACAGUUUGGAAGACGGAGUAGGACAGUAUAAUGAUCAUCACUGUUCAAUAACAUGGCGGUUUCAGAACUCUCCAAAUGAUGACUGAAUAUCGCAGCGGCAGAAAACGCAGGAAAUUAUGUGCAAAAAAAAAAAUUAAAGCACGGACUCUGUGGUUAAUAUGUCGGAUCCUACGACAGAAGUAAUUACUGUUUCGUGAAAUGUGCUUCCUCGCCCUCCCUAAUAUAAACAAUAACUAACUCAAGGAAAUCCCACUUGAUUCUUACCGCUUGAUCAAAUCCAAAUACAGAAUCGGAAAUUCAAACAUUGUUCCGCUCCAUAGCACCCACUUUUGUGGUGAUAAUAAAUAAAUCACUCGCUGUCUUCUAAACUGUCCAAUAACGGUCUAUUUAAAAGACGAAUCGGCAUGUCCAUUCACACUGAAAUCACUACACCCUACUCCCUACACCCUACUCCCUACUCCCUACACCCUACACCCUACUCCAUGGGGUAGGGAACGUCUGUUCGAAACUUCGCUUUACAAAAUUCCAUCAUUCGGAACACCCUGCAACGUCACUUCCUCCAUGCGUUACCAUGGUAACAUAAGCACCUCGGAUACCUGUCGCUGCUGCAGUGGAAAUUUCAUGCUACGGACAUUAAAUAUAGAAUAUUUAUUGAAACAAAAUCUGAUACCAUUAUAAAAUUUAUAACAUCGAAAAUGAUUCGAUUGAUUUACAAGAUGUACGGAGAUGUAUUUAUUUUAUUUUUAUUUUUAUUUUUACAGAUUACAAGCCUAUAAAAAACUUAGGGUUUCUAAAUUAAAUUAAAAUGUAAAUAGUGUCCUAUUUAUAUGAUGUCUUCCUCGAUAAUGAUUAUAAUAAAUUUAUAAAUAAUUUCUCGAGUUAAAUUUUUUCACACUCCAGCAGUAUGUAAUGACUGAUCAUUUUUCAUUCCCUUUUCCACUAAAGUGACGAUUCGUUGUUCACUAGUUCCCUACACCGCUACAGUUCGCUACUCUGUGCAGUUGUGUCUGCACUGAAAGUUUGUGUAUGUAUGUUCCCGCAUCUUAUAAGUGUGUGUGUACAGAGACGUGAGUGUAUAUGUGCGCGCCUCUCAUAGGUGUGUGUGUGUACGGAGACGUGAGUGUGUAUGUGCGUACGUCUCACAGGUGUGUGUGUGCAUUUCAUAUGUAGUUGUUUGAGCAGUUAGUAGUAUAUACAGUACGUAUGUGUGACUGUUUCAUAUUUGUGUAUGCAUUUCAAAUGCAUUAUAUUAAGUGUUUUAUGUGUGUGUGCAUGAGUGAAGUUUGAUUUAAGCCCUAUACGGCACCUCAUAAGUAUGAGUUUGGCUCCUCAAUAAUGCAAGUAAAAAACAAUUAUUAUGAUUGAGUACAACAAACUCAAAAACUCAUAGUUCCGUUGACUUAAAACUGAAAAUUUUAUUACUAUAUGAUUGUAACUACAAAUCACAAACUACAAAUAGUGAGUUGUCUACUAAUGCACGUCGAACUUUUAAUUAAUAAGACACACUAAUAAGAAAUAAUAAUGGGCUUUGAUUUAAAACAAAAGAAUUAUGUGAACGCAUAAAAUCAAUGGUGAUCCAACACUGGCGUUCACUGUGUAAAUGUGCUGCGAAGACAUGUUCUUGUGAAUAAAGUGAAAAGGAAUGUACGAUGUCAUCCAUUAAAGUAAAUGAAGCGUUUGUAGCUCGAUUAAAACAGAAAGUAGAAACACCAAGCGGCGUGACGGACAUGCAAACGAUUAGAUAAGCUUGAGCAGUAGUAAAGGGACGUGUUUAUAAAGGUAUGCAGUGGCGGAUUGGGUAAAGUGUUAUAUUUAUUUAACAUUUAUAGUGAGAACUUUAUCGAUGCAAAUGUUUUUUCUGGGCAUUUUUGCUUGUAUAUUGCUCUGAACAGAAUACAGAAUGUCAUUGGAUGAGAUGAUGUUUUCUGGAAUGGUUUGCGAGGUAUACAGCAAUGAGAGAGGAAACAGGAUCCUCUACAGGGGAACACUUCCUUCUCAUGGGGGAUGAGGAGGAGAGAAUAAAAAAAGCUACAGAACAUGAAACACUCGUUCGUCCGUAAAUCAAAACCUGACCCUUUUGUGUGUCAUCAUUUUCAAACCGUCAGGCAAAAAAAAAAAAAAAAAAAUACACAGAACAAGUCGUACCUGCUAUGAACAAGGAGACACACAUAGUUUCUAACUGGAGCAUCUUGGUUCACACUGAAUCACUUUUCUGUUAACUAAAACUGUUGUUUUUUAUACGAGGUUGUUUGAGUAAAGGAUCUCAUGGACUAUUCAACAAAAUCAAAACAUUUCAUGUGCAUGUUCUCUGUGUGUAGUGCUGUUAGAGAAAAUCAUCAACAACACAGUGGUGCGAUGAAGCUGAGGACUGGAUGUCAUUUGAUUUGUUGUGUUUAUUAAAGAAUGAUCACACACUUAUUCCAUUUAUCAUCAAUUUGUUGUAUAAUUCAAGUCACUUCCUGUUCUCGCUUCCGUUCUCGAGUUACAUACGUAUAAACAGUAUAAUAACAGUAUAUCUACGCAGAAUCACACAAGAGCACUGUGUUUAUUACACUGCAAUUAAACCUGGUCUAGUUAAUAAUAAUAAUAAUAAUAAUAAUAAUAAUAAUAAUAAUAAAGCGUCAUCCAUGGAUCAGUGCACAGCCUGACUGUUUGUAGAACUUUACUGGUUUUAUGUCUUUUUUUGUAACACUUUUACUUUUUAAAACAACAAGACCUGGUGUAAGCACUGGUUGUUAACAGGUAUUGAUUAUUCAUGAUAAUAAUACUACUACUAAUGAUAAUAAAGGUAUUUUGAGUC